AUGAACUUUGACAGACACGAGCGCUUUAAUGACAGUCAUUUAGCUUCUUGCAGUCGAAAUUGCGAGGAUAUAGCUUUAAUCAACGCUAUUGAGAAACUGAAGCCACCUUACUUUCAACAGCACCUCAGUCAGCAGUUUUUUCAAUGUUUCUGCAAGGAAACUUGCACCACAAAGUGGAGACUGGAUAUGCGUGGUUCCACUGUGCAUGAAAAAAUCGAGUUAGCAAGCGUGUACAACCAUGUAGAUGAAUUGGACAUUCACAACAAUUACAUCAUGGAAUCAGGGACUAAAUAUUUGCUGAAAAUGGGGCAAGACCUAAAGAUUAAGAGCCUGAAUUUCAAAGCAAAUAAAUUUGGUAUCAAGGCAUCGAUAAACCUGGCAAAUUUCUUAUUACAAAAUGAACAUGUGCUCUACCUGAAUGUUGCAGACGUGGACCAAAGUAUUUCCAGUUUACUAUACUUUAUAACGAAUCUGAAUCAAGCCCUAGAAGUCUGUAAUGUAACACUGAAGUGUCUAGACAUCAGUCGACCGAAUCCAGGAUGGAUGUACAACUUUGAUUCUGCACAUUUUGCGAGCGUGAUUGGUUUAAUGCUUAAACACAAUAGUACCCUGUUAGCGUUGCAUCUGCAAAAGUAUAAUUUUAGUUGCCACGAUAUUGAGAACAUGAUGUCCAACGCGAUACAAAAUAAUACUUUGCACUUGUUGGAUCUUGGCUGCAAUAAUAUAGGUGAUCACGGUGUCGGUCAGCUGGCCAAGUGGUUAACAAAGAGACCCGCAUUAAAAAGCCUGAUUUUGUGUAGAAACAUUAUAACUGAUUAUGGCGCAAGGGAACUCUACUGUGUCAUUCCAUUUUCGAAGCUACUGUCGCUCGAUAUCUCUUACAAUAAGAUCACAGACGAAGGCAUGGUGGAAAUUUUAUAUUCUUUGAAGAAAAGUCCUCUUCUACGACAACUGAGAAUAUUCGGGAACUCUAUUGGUCAUUCAGCUGCAAAAGAAGUUUCUUUUCAGUCUAGCGUUACUGUUAUUUCAAAUAUAUUGAGGAGGGACCAUCUGCAGGACUGUAAAUGUUGUUACUGUUUCAGAUGCGCUGCACCACAUUUUGAUGAGCAGUGCAGAGACCCGAACCAUCCAGACACUUGUAAUUGUUGCAAGUGCAUGGGAGAUGAAAGCAGUGAUUGGUCUGCGGAUAAAGGAAUUACAGACAGAGUUAAAUCUCCUCCGGAUCCUCUAACAAAGAUCCAAUACAUAUUGAAGCGUAUGAGUUUUGAGAUUGGUAAAAAUAUCAUGCGAUGGAUUAACAUCGACGAGGACGUAUUGGAGGAAGAUCUGAAAGUGAUCACCGGCAAGGUCGAUGAAGACUCAUCCAAAGAUUCGUGCAAUUGCUCGUGGGCUCAACUGAGUAUGUCAAGUCUACGGAAAUAUUUGGAGGAGACUUCGUCCAAGAAUGUACUCAUUAUACCUAAAACUAGUCCUUUGUUAAAAAGUCUCGAUAAUCAAGCAUCGUCGUCGGAUGAUUGUACAAGUACUCCAUAA